AUGGAACCAAGUCAGCGAUGGGUGGGCGAGCUCAACGAGGAUAUCAGCGAAGACCUCAACGAAGACUUGGAGCUCAAUUUAGACACCGAUAUGAGUGAAUACUCUGAGCCCAGUACCACAGACAAGCCAGAACACAACGAGGAGCCUGUGGUUGGAGAGACGGAGUCAAACGAGCCCAGCGAGGAGGAUCUAACUCCAACGGCACCAGAAUCGGAUGUCGACGAAAAGCUUAAAUACCAAGCCUAUUACCCUCCGGAUUGGAAGAAUCAACCUCGCACUGAUGUCAUGAAUGUACAUGAGGCACACUCUGAACUCCUGCGCCACUGCGAGUCCGACAGCGAACAAAGUUCACCAGCGCCAGAAUCCGAUGCUCUUCACCCCCCGUCAAUCAAAUCACCGAAGUCACCUCACAGCAAUCUGGGGCUACCACCUGGAAGCUCACCAAGGCCCCAAAGAUCACGAACUGCCACGGUUUCCAGCGAAGCGAGCUGGGUUCCUAGCAAUUUCUCGUAUUGCGAGCGAUGGCUGCAGUGUGUCCCGACAGACGGGGUGAACGAGGAAAGCAGCCCCAUGAAGGAAUUCAACAACCGCCGCAAAUUCCAGAUUGUCGAGAAUGACCCUCCAAUGCCCAAACUUGACAUUAUUCCGGGAGCAAAAGCUCUUGAGGAGCCUGUGCGCUUCGUCGUCGCCAGUAAGACGAAACCAAAGCUCGUCGAUAUUGCUCGACAAUCACCAGCCUCGGUAGCAUUACCACCACCGCCGUCUCUUCUUCCACAAACCGUCCCAACAACACCCGACCAACGCCAGGAAGAGGUCUCUGCGUUCAGCCCGGAUACCCCGUUAGACAUGUCUGACAGUGGGUAUGGGACCCGGGACUCUAGUUAUUCAUUCGAUAGCUACGAUGAUGGCAAACCCGAUGAUGACGAUGCAUACACGGAUCCCGGGUCACUGACCUCAUCCGAUAGUGUUGGUUCAACAGUAGUCUGCGAGAGGCCUGAAUCCGCGCAGGGAGAGCGCGAACUGCAGCAACUCGAAAUACGCUCUGGCAGCGUAAGCCCGAAAGCCGCAUCACCAGCACCACCUCCAUCACCGGGGCGGAGCUCGAACAAGUCCGAAAAACAGGAUGAAAAACCACAACUGUGGCCCCAAGACUGGAACUUGGAUGACCAUGAGUGGACUCUAGAUGAGCUGGAUCAUUCUGUCAAAGACUUUCCUCGCAACAUGCUCCGCCUUACCUCGCCAGUAAUAUUGUUCCUUCGCAAAAGCGAUGAGGAACCGUUCAUCAAACCCUUCCGAACUAUCUUCCCCGACGUUUCUGAAAAUCUCCUUGAUUGUCUCUGCGCUGCCCUUCUUGCUCGAAACUAUCUCCUUUCACUAUCAGCCAAACACCGCAACAAACCAUCUGUUUCUACACGCAAUGACUACAUUGCAGACUCCGUUCCUACAAAAGCAUACAGCACCCUAGGUAUUCAAAUACCCUCAGCAUCAACAACGAAGCCCAAAGACCGUGUCUUUGCCGCUCGAAGUGUCGAGCUCCGACCGCACCUUGAGCGAAUCGUGGAUAAUCUCCUGUUUGCCAUUUGCGGACGCUCUGACCCUACACUAAAAGCCGCCGUCGAAGUUCUUGCACAAGUUCUUGAAACGAAGGCCUAA